CUGAGACUCCUGGCAGUGGGAGAGGGGUGGGUGUGAGAAUUCGGUGGCGGCCCCCGCCCCGCCCCGCCCCAGCCGCUGUCAGGUGGCCUGGGCCUCACUCCCCACCCGGCGUGGGCAUGGAGUCCGGCGGGGCGGCCAGCUGUGCGGCUUCUGGGCAGUCGGCGGCUGCAGAAGCCUGGGGUGGGAGCAGCAUGUCCGGGGGAGAGGCCAAAGGCUCGGCCCAGGACCCAGGCUCGCGGCCCGCGCUGGGGAUGGAGCCCUUGGAGGACCGGCUGCGGCGGCUGCGGGAGGCCUUCGACGCGGGGCGCACGCGGCCGGCCGAGUUCCGGGCUACGCAGCUCCGGGGCCUGAGCCGCUUCCUGCAGGAGAACAGGCAGCUCCUGCAGGCCGCGCUGGCCCAGGACCUGCACAAGUCGGCCUUCGAGUCGGACAUAUCGGAGCUCAUCGUGUGUCAGAAGGAGGUGGACCUGGCCCUCAGCAGCCUGCACGCCUGGAUGAAAGACAAGCCGGCCGCCACCAACCUGCUCACGAAGCUGGGCUCCGCCUUCAUCCGGAAGGAGCCCUACGGCCUGGUGCUCAUCAUCGCCCCCUGGAACUACCCCGUGAACCUGACGCUGAUGCCCCUGGUGGGGGCCAUCGCUGCAGGGAACUGCGUGGUGCUGAAGCCCUCGGAAAUUAGCAAGGGCACGGAGAAGGUGCUGGCCGAGGUGCUGCCCCGGUACCUGGACCAGAGCUGCUUCGCCGUGGUGCUGGGGGGCCCCGAGGAGACCGGGCAGCUGCUGGAACACAGAUUCGACUACAUCCUCUUCACGGGGAGCCCCCGUGUGGGCAAGAUCGUCAUGGCGGCCGCUGCCAAGCACCUGACGCCCGUCACCCUGGAGCUGGGCGGCAAGAACCCCUGCUACGUGGACGACAACUGCGACCCGCAGACCGUGGCCAACCGCGUGGCCUGGUUCCGCUACUUCAACGCCGGCCAGACCUGCGUGGCCCCCGACUACGUGCUGUGCAGCCCCGAGACGCGGGAGCGCCUGCUGCCCGCCCUGCAGCAGGCCAUCACCCGUUUCUACGGCGACGACCCCCAGCGCUCCCCCAACCUGGGCCGCAUCAUCAACCAGAAGCAGUUCCGGCGGCUCCAGGCCCUGCUGGGCUGCGGCCGCGUGGCCAUCGGCGGCCAGAGUGACGAGAGCCAGCGCUACAUCGCGCCCACGGUGCUGGUGGACGUGCAGGAGGCGGAGCCGGUCAUGCAGGAGGAGAUCUUCGGGCCCAUCCUGCCCAUCCUGACGGUGAGCGGCCUGGACGAGGCCGUCGCCUUCAUCAACCGCCGGGAGAAGCCCCUGGCCCUGUACGCCUUCUCCAACAGCAGCCAGGUCGUGAGCCAGGUGCUGGACAGGACCAGUAGUGGCAGCUUCGGAGGCAACGAGGGCUUUAUCUACCUGACCCUGCCGACCCUGCCCCUCGGGGGCGUCGGCCACAGCGGCAUGGGCAGCUACCACGGCAAGUUCUCCUUCGACACCUUCUCCCACCACCGCGCCUGCCUGCUGCGCAGCCCCGGCUUGGAGAAGCUCAACGAGCUCCGCUACCCGCCCUACAGCAACUGCGCCCAGCGGCUGAUCAGCUGGGCCAUGGGGUCGCAGAGCUGCACCCUCCUGUGAGGCGCGGCCCCGCCAGACCCUCCAGCCUGCUGCCCCGCGCGUGAGACCCAGACCUGGUGAUGGAGCCCCCACGUCCCAACGCUGGGCAGAGUCUGUGGCCAGAGAGGCCCCUCUGUCAGGUCCAUAAACGCAUCCACAAAGACA